AUGAAGGAAACUGUCGAUACCGUCGCUUCCUCACUGCGACUUCUUCGUGCUGGUCAUGCAGCAUCGCAAGCAACAGCCAGUCAUCUUGCUCUAACUUUACCAAUCAGGUAUCAUGAAGUUUCCAGCCUCAUCCCCUUAAUUGAAGUUCCCAAAUUAGGCUCGGCUUUUCAACCCUCUCACUUGAGAGCCGUACACGAUAGUCUAGAAAGAAGAGGGGUACUGCAAUUGCAAUUACGAUUCGAGGAUGAGAAAAGCUCCUACCUCCAAGACCUAAUUCGCAAUCUCAGCAAGAACUACAACCAUGGCCUUCCAAUAACCCAUAGCUCCGAGCGCGGGUGGUUUUGGGAUGUUAGGCCCUCUCCGGACAGUGUUCAAAGUCAUGGACACCAAGCUCGCUCAGAGACGAUGUCUUGCUUUGACUGGCAUACGGAUUGCAGUUAUGAGAGUCAUCCGCCUCGAUAUUUUGCACUCCAAGUCCUUCAACCAGAUCGCUGCGGGGGUGGGACAUUAUCGUUAUUGGGCGUCGAUCGACUCCUCACCUUGCUGUCACCUCAAACACGAACACGGCUUUCUAGCCCCAACUAUAUGAUCGCGGUUCCUCCUGAAUUCCAAAAAAAAAGCAAUGAGCAGUAUAUCGUGGGAAAUUUACUGCAAAGGAGAUAUGAAGAAGGUGGUGAAAAUCAACUACGUUUCCGGGAAGAUAUCACAACUCCGUUGACUCCAGAGGCUGCUGAGGCAUUGGACGAACUGAAAGCAGUUUUGUAUGAUAAAGGAGCCCAGGAAUGGACCAUAAACUUAACCCCCCAGUAUCUUCCUAAGGGAUCAAUCAUUAUGAUGGAUAACCGGCGAUGGUUGCAUUCGCGAAAUGAGGUUAAAGACCCCAAUCGUCAUCUCCGGAGAGUCCGAUGGGAUGCGAGGCCGUUUGAAUCAUUGAAUCAAUAA